AUGCCAACAAAAGUCGCAGCCUCACACCCCUACUACAACCUCGGCCCCUUCACCCUCGCCAUAAGCACAUCCAACCCCUCAACCCAAACCUGGUUCACGCGCGGCCUAACCUGGCUCUACGCCUUCAAUCACGCGGAAGCAGCCUCAUGCUUCACCCAAGCGAUCCUCCACGAUCCCACCUGCGCAAUGGCGCACUGGGGCCUCGCGUACGCCGUCGGCCCAAACUACAACAAGCCCUGGGAGCGAUUCGACGCGCGCGACCGGGCGGCGUCAGCUAAAAUUGGAUACGAGGCCGCGCGACGGGCGAAGGCUGCGGCUGGAGCUGCGGCUGAGACUUCGUACGACCACGAGGGUGGUGUAACCGUAACGGUCAAGGUUAAGCCGUGGGAGAGGGCUGUCAUCGGGGCCAUGCAGAGGCGGUUUGAGGGUGGGCGGCCGCCGAAGGACCCGGGGGUGGUGAAUGCGCGGUAUGCGCGGGCUAUGGGGAGGGUGUAUGAGGUGUUUGGACACGGGGGAGAUGAGGCCGUCGCGCUCGAGAUCGCGGUGCUGUACGCCGACGCGCUCAUGAACAUCACGCCCUGGGCACUCUGGGACCUGGAGACAGGCGCCGCAGCGAAGAAUGCACCAACUGCGCUUGUGGGGAGUGUCCUCGACGACGCGCUGGGUAUGCCCGGCGCCGAUAAACACCCGGGGUUAUUGCAUCUAUACAUCCACUACGUCGAGAUGAGUCCGACGCCUGAUUCGAAACGCGCCCUGGACGUCGCGAAUCAACUGCGCGGCCUUGUGCCGGACGCCGGACACAUCCACCACAUGCCGACGCACCUGGACAUUCUUGUCGGCGACUGGCAGCGCAGCAUCGAGGGGAACUACAACGCGACGAUCGCGGACGAGCGGUACCUGGCGGGGUGCGAGAGCGGUGCGUAUAACCUGUAUACGUUUUACAGAUUGCAUAACUACCACAGCCUGAUCUACGCGGCGAUGUUCGCAGGCCAGAAGAAGACGGCGCUUGAUGCCGUGGCCCGGAUGGAGAAGAGCGUGCCCGAUUGGAGUCGUCUACUAAGCAUGACGUCGCCACCGAUGGCAGACUGGCUCGAGAACUUCCUGGGCACGCGCGUGCACGUGUUGAUCCGGUUUGGAAUGUGGAACGAGCUCCUUGCGCUGCCCUUGCCGCCGGCAAAAGACCAGGAUCUGCUCUGCGUAACGACCGCAACAACGGCGUACGGGCGUGCUCUAGCCCACGCCGCAAGGGGUGACAUCCCAGCCGCAAAUGCAGAACAGGCGCUCUUCGAGGAACGCAAAUCCCGCGUCCCGCCAUCCCGCCGCGCUUACAACUGCAAAGCCCUCGACACCCUAGCCGUCGCCUCGGCCAUGCUAUCCGGCGAAAUCGCCUACCGGCAGACAGAAUACGACUGCGCCUGGCACCGCCUCCGGCGCUCAGUGCAGCUCGACGAUAACCUCCCCUACAGCGAGCCCUGGGCCUGGAUGCAGCCUGCUCGCCAUGCAUACGCGGCGCUUUUACUAGAGCAAGGCUAUAUCCAGGAAGCAGCGGCAGAGUACCGCGCUGACCUGGGAGUAGAUGAGAGAUUGAUCCGGCCGCGGCGGCACCCGCGGAAUGUAUGGGCGCUCAGUGGGUACCACGAGUGUCUGCGGAGACUUGGGAGGGCGGGGGGUGAGGAGGGCGUGCGGGUUCAGAGGGAGCUUAGUGAGGCGUUGGGGAGGGCGGAUAUCAGGAUCCGCGCGAGUUGUUUCUGUGCGUUGGAUGCGGAUAGAAAUGAGAGCUUGGGGUGCGGUGGGAAGGGUAAGGGGGAUGACAACGGCAGUGGCAGUGGGAACGGGGGUGCGAAGGUGCAAGCGAGCGCGGAUGGCUACGGCCAUGGGACAUGUAGAGAGAGGGACAGCCGGUUAUAG